AUGGCCGAGCCCAUCGACUCUCAUUCCGAUACGCAGAAACGCUCCACCUCUCAAACUUCGAUCGCAUCGCGAAAAAGCCAGAAAGCGAAAACCGUGAGAGCUAAACCGCCAAACCGUGUUUCCACUUGUUCGUCCUCACAUACCUCUACUGACCUGACGUCAUUCCCGUCCUUGUCUCCGGAUAAUUCUCCAGAUGGCUUUUAUGGCGAGCCAGCAAUCAAUCAUGCCCUUAGCCAGGCACUGCUUCUUGAAGAGAGCGACAAGACUGGGCAGGCAGAGCGUGGACGGAAGGCCACUCUCGCUGGUCUCACAUCCGUCUCACCCCAAAUCUCCAGCCGCUCUGCUUUAUUCGGUGACUCGGUUUCCCUUCAGGAUGUCCCAGGGUCACUCCACCUCGCAAGUGACGAUCACAUCCAGCGCUUAGUUGCUCGCACGGGUGCAAUAAAAUUGGUGCGACAAUUUGCUCGAGAUCUUGCCCUCCGUGAUGCUGAAAUAUCAGCACUUCGUCUUCGAGCUGAUGAAAGGGAACGAGAGUUGAAAAGAAUGUUGCGAGAAAUGGAAGUACCGAACAAAGAUAUCGAAAAUCGGCUUUAUCUACUGGAAAAUCCGGCAGAGGGGCUGGAAAACGGCACCGACAACGAUCAAAUCAACACCUCAACCGAGCAACAACAUCACUCUAGCACUAUCGACCAUAUGAUGAAUCAAGCAAUGCUCGAGAAUGUUGGCGCUUUCGACCUGGAUGGUAUUAACUAUAACGGUAGAGACGACUUGCAGGCAACAAUUCGACCAUUCCGAGCCGAUUGCGACUCAAGGUCGGGUAACUCGAGCUUGAAGUCCGUCAGGCAAAAAAACACGACCACUUCUCGAGGUUGGCAAGAAUACUUUUGGGGAAGCUCAAGCCGCAAAACAAGCGGCGCCAGCAGCGUAAUUAGUGAGGUCGUUGAACAAGACUGCGAGUCUUCCACAUUACCCCAAUCUCGUAUUCCCAGUGGGCCUGGUAAUCGACGAAAGGCACUAGAUGCUGAGCUAUUUAUGCCACCUCCCCCAGAACCAGCACCCGAUACGAUUGCAGAUACGUCAACUAAGCAAAUCGGUGGCGAUGAUAGCAGCGUCCACUCCAGAGAAUCGACCAAAUCAGUAUCUUCAUGGGCAGUGAGAUUAUUUACUGGAAACUCAUUACCUAGCAGAAGUUUGGAGGUAGGUCAGAGUCGAGCACGAUCUGACACACCGAAUACAAAAAACAGAACUUCGUCGCCGAUGCUGCCGCCAAAUGCAGCAGGUUCUGCUGUUGCGGCAUUGAAACGUAUCAAUGGCGGUACUGGUGUACAGCCGUUGUCUGGAAAAUCUUCUACUGCCUCUAGUAUCCGGAAUUCUGCGAGGGGCACGACAGCGUCGAACUCUCGCCGUAGUACAGUUCAGUCCACCCCCACAGAGCAACGAAGCUCAAGAAGUGAGUCAAUGCACGUUGGGCCAGUUGAAAUGGAUGCCAUCCUUCCCAUGGAGUCACGGCCGCCAACGCUCGCGCAUAUAUACAAUAAUUACAACCCAGGAGAUUUACUUACUGAUAGCUUUGGAUUUAUCUACGAUCAGCGAAGGAACCGGCGACAAAGGGAAGCGAAUGCUGAUGCAGGGUCAUCGAAUGUUCGUUCCCAGAAGGCAAAACAGAGAGAUUCGGAAAAUACCGAAGCGAGUAGUCCGGACACAACGGAGUGGCAGAACUAUCUCAAGGUGGCCACGAAGCCCACUGAACUCCUCUCCCAUACGCCAGCCGCCGGCCCCAUCGUUUCCGUGGAGACUUCAAAACCUCGGACUUCCUCGGUCACCAUUGGCAAGAAUGGCUCACUUUCAGUGGCUCAUUCAACCCCGAAGGUCUCAUCCGGACUUACGCCAACCGCAGUUGAAACAUAUGGUGAAUUUGCAGGGACGCCAAACGAGUCCCAAACUGAUUUGCCUGCAGCAACAGACCAAGAACCUGUGAAGAUGUUGCUUCAGAGGUUAACCGAUCUUCAUGAAUCUUCUCAGCGAGAACGCACCGUGAAAUGGAACGAAUUCAUGCGCAAAGUGCGUGCUGAACGGCGAAAAGAGGGACAAGCCGCUGCGGCUACUGCACCUCCAGAUCGCUCUGCAAUGUCUCUUGAUAUGCCAGAGGUUGCUCUCGCGGAUGGCGAGACUGUUGGUAUCGCAAGCUUGGGAAAUAAGGGCAAGGUUGGCCGUGCAAAGUGGCGGGAAUUCAGAACUCUUGUGCUUGAGGGUAUUCCUGUUGCGUAUCGCGCCAAAGUUUGGGCUGAGUGUAGUGGUGCUUCGUCAAUGCGGGUUCCAGGGUAUUAUGAUGAUCUAGUCAGAGGAAAUACAACCAGUGACUCCGAUCCGAGUAUAAUUGCACAGAUUGACAUGGACAUCAAUCGUACCCUCACAGACAACAUAUUUUUUCGCAAGGGACCCGGCGUUGCAAAACUAAAAGAGGUUCUACUAGCAUAUUCACGUCGGAAUCCUGAAGUUGGAUAUUGUCAAGGAAUGAAUUUAAUUGCUGGCUCAUUGCUGCUAAUAAUGCCCGCAGCGGAAGAUGCCUUUUGGGUCAUGGCCUCCAUUAUUGAAAAUAUUUUUCCUCCUCACUACUACGACCAUGGUCUGGUUGCAUCUCGUGCAGAUCAGCAAGUUCUUCGAGAAUAUGUUACCGAGCUUUUGCCCAAUCUGUCGUCCCACCUCGAUGAUUUGGGGAUAGAACUAGAAGCAUUGACAUUCCAGUGGUUUCUGUCUGUCUUUACAGACUGUUUAUCUGCGGAAGCUUUGUACCGGGUUUGGGAUGUGGUAUUGUGCCUUAGUGCGCCGGCAAUGUAUCUUCCUCCAACUGCCCUUCAAUCCCAGAAAGCGCCAACUGAGGAGUCAAAUACGACUUCUAUACUGCAGACACCUGCUCAAAUUGCGUCUACAAUUGCUACCGAAAACGAAAUUUCGACAAAUGACGGCGGAGGAAGUACGUUUUUGUUCCAAGUGGCGUUGGCACUUCUCAAACUGAACGAACAACAAUUACUGAGUACAUGUUCAAGUGCUGCCGCAGUCUAUACGUAUAUCAACCAUCAAAUGACAAAUCAUGCCAUCAGCAUCGAUGGGCUCAUUGAGGCUAGUGAAGCCCUCCGAAAUGUGGUCAAGAGAGAAGACGUACUCGCGAGACGGGUGAUGGCUUUGAAGGCCAUGAGAAGGGCAUCCGUAAGCGGAGAUACUCAAGGCAAGACGGAUACCGAAAAUACCUAA